UGUCAUACCCUGGCACAGUACCGUCUGCUGCCUUGCCUGUUAGCCCGCCUUUCCGCACACGGCGGGUUGUUUCUAGGUGGAUUCCGGAACAGCACACUUCCUGGUACAGAGUAGCGAUUUUAGUACGUUUGAAGUUGAGAAUUGUAUUGAUAGAAUAAUGGCAUUCAGAACGUCGUAGGAUAUUUUGACACGGACCGACGAAGAUCUUUUAUAAUCUCGGUUAGUUGUCUGUGAAGAGAAGUGAAGGAUGACGGAUCCAAACAAACCUCAGCGCAAGCUUUCCACAGCUGGAGAAAGUUUAUACAAGACCCUGGAUUUGCAAAAAGGAGCUUCACCUGAGGAUAUUAAAAGAUCUUAUAGAAAACUUGCACUCCGGUAUCAUCCAGAUAAGAACCCAAACAACCCAGAGGCUGCUGAAAAGUUUAAAGAGAUCAACAAUGCCAACUCUAUUCUUAAUGAUGUUAACAAACGUCAAAUCUAUGAUCAAUAUGGGUCCAUGGGCCUUUAUAUUGCUGACCAGUUCGGAGAAGAAAGUGUUAAAUACUACUUCCUCACGACAAAGUGUUGGUUCAAGGCACUUUUUGCCUGUACCAUGGUUUUCACUUGUUGCUGUUGCUUCUGCUGCUGCUGCUUCUGCUGUGGGAAGUGUGGAUCAAAAGAAGAAGAUGAGACUGAUUUCUAUGUGGAUCCUGAUCUCCUUGAAGCCCAAACAUUUGAUGAACCAAACAAAGUGAAUGAUACAAUUAUCAUCGGACAGCCAGUUCCCUCUGCAGUGCCUGAAGAUUUAUCAUAUGGUCCAGUAUUCACAGAGACGUCUCUUUCUAGUCAAGACACAAUGAAACAUUAAGGUGGAGACACAGCUAUAAACGUACUGCCAGCUGUCUGCAGAACAUCAGACUUUUGACUUUUAACGAUAGAUCCUCUUAUCACCUGGCCCGUUCCCAGUAAGGGGAAAGUUGAGCAACACUUGAGGAAAUUUUGGCUUAUACAGGAGCUGUAUAAUAAUGUGUACCUUCUGUGGAGCAAAAGUGGAUAAUCUUCUUUUGAAAUGUAUCGUUUACACUUGUGUACUUUUGUCGCCUGUACUUUUAAUGUGGUGUCAGGUUCUUAUAGGUUAUUUAUAUGUAUAGUGAAAUCUAUUAAAUUCACAAUAACUAAUUUCCUUUAGACUGGGGUUGUUUAUCUCAAAAAAUUUACUGGUAUUCAUAUUGUGCAAGAAAUGGAAAAGUGCUUUAAUAGCACCCACUACUAGUACAUCUUGUGUCUUUGUUUUUGUCUUAAUUAGCUAAUUUAAAUGGCAACUAUAUUUUAUUAGAAAUUAUUGUGGCCUGACACUUAUUUAACUUUCCUUUUCUCAUUAAAAUCAUGACAGUAUUUAAAUAUUUUCUUUGUUUUAUAUGGACUUUUCAAACACUUUAAAUGCAGCUUUAAAUUGAACUGACUUGUUUAUUACAACAUUUGGAGUCACAAAACUCUGUUUAUGAUACUGUGAUUUAAAAGAAGCAAAUAUUAGUUUUUAAUAUUUACUUGCACAUACCAGUCCAUAUUUUAGCUGCCUUAGAAUAAAUUUUGCAUAUCCAGGCAUUUUAAAUAUUUACCAUACCUGCAAUGCACCCUACACACACAGAAAUGCAAAAAAAAAGAAAAAAAAAGAAAAGAAAAAUCAUUUGAAAACAUGUCUAAAUUGGUAUCUAAAAAAGGUCUGUAAAUAUUUUAUCAAACAAUAAGCCACAGGUUACUCAGGUAUCUGCUAGAUUAAUGUUUUUAUGCUUCUGGGCUCUUCCAUUUUACUUCGAAAUUUUGAGAAAUUUGUGCAUGGCAUAACUAAUCAGUCACAUGACUUAUUUUUUUAUAUUAUUGUAACAGAUAAUUAAUGCAAUACUUCAGACCAUUGUACAAUUGAAAAUAUUUUGGUUUGUAAAUUGGAGGUGUACAAAAUCAUCUAAAUAAAAUAUUUCAUUUAUUUGUUUCA